AAAGAAAAGAAAGCGAGAGUUGCAGACACACAGGUGCCAAGGACAAGGAGACGGGUCUGAUAAUUUUCUCCUUUUCAGUCCACUACGCUUCUCUCUCUCUCUCUCUCUCUAAAUUCCUACGGAUUUCUAAUUCCCUCUCUCGUAUUUGCUUUCUCUUCCCAAAACCCCUCCACUCUCACUUCUUCUUAGAAAUUCAAUUUACCCUUUUUGUUCUAUCUUCCCAUUUUCCUCAAUUGGCGAAUUCUUUUGCAUUUCGGGAAACGCCGGAAAGGUUCGUUCGUUCGGGUCGGGUUUGGGUCGUCGUAGAACCGGAUAAGGACGAGAUCUGGCUAAACCUAUUUCUUGGGUUCGAAAUUGUGAUCCAAUCGGAGCUUCAGUGAAUUACCGUUUUGGAUCCGAUCGGGGGAGAAACAGCGCCAUCAGAUGGCGCUGUUCAGACGAUUAUUUUAUCGGAAGCCGCCGGAUCGGCUUCUCGAGAUCUCCGAACGGGUGUACGUUUUUGAUUGCUGCUUCUCCACCGAUGUCUUGGAAGAAGAUGAGUACAAAGUAUACUUGGGUGGCAUUGUAGCACAAUUACAAGACUACUUUCCAGAUGCUUCUUUCAUGGUGUUUAACUUUAGAGAAGGGGACAGGCGGAGUCAAAUUUCAGACGUGCUAUCUCAGUAUGACAUGACAGUUAUGGAUUACCCUCGGCAAUAUGAGGGUUGCCCACUGUUGCCACUAGAGAUGAUUCAUCACUUCCUUCGAUCAAGUGAAAGUUGGUUGUCAUUGGAGGGGCAACAGAAUGUGCUGUUGAUGCACUGUGAAAGAGGAGGAUGGCCUGUCCUUGCGUUUAUGCUUGCAGGUCUUCUGCUAUACCGUAAGCAAUACAAUGGGGAGCAGAAGACUCUUGAAAUGGUUUACAAGCAAGCUCCUAGGGAACUUCUCCAUCUUUUGUCUCCUUUAAACCCACAGCCUUCACAGCUGAGAUAUCUUCAAUACAUUUCACGAAGAAAUUUGGGAUCUGACUGGCCUCCAUCAGAUACACCUUUACUUUUGGAUUGUCUGAUACUUAGAAACCUUCCACUUUUUGAUGACGGAAAAGGUUGCAGGCCUUUCAUACGUGUUUAUGGUCAAGACCCUUCCACACCGGCUAACAGAACUUCUAAGCUUCUCUUUUCAACUUUAAAGAAUGAAAAGAAUACCCACCUCUAUGUACAGGCAGAGUGUGUGCUGGUAAAAAUUGAUAUUCGUUGCCGUGUUCGAGGGGAUGUGGUUCUUGAAUGCAUCCACCUGGAUGAAGAUCUCGUUCGUGAGGAGAUGAUGCUCAGGGUUAUGUUCCACACAGCAUUUGUACGGUCAAAUAUAUUGAUGCUUGGCCGUGAUGAUAUUGAUAUUCUUUGGGAUGCCAAGGAUCAGUUCUCAAAGGACUUUAGAGCAGAGGUACUUUUUCUGGACGCUGAUGCUGUUGUGCCUAAUCUCACCACAGUUGUGGCAAGUGAAGAUGGAAAUGAGACAGGGAGUGCUUCACCUGAGGAAUUUUUUGAGGUGGAAGAGAUCUUUAGCAAUGUAAUGGAUGCACAGGAAGUGAAGGUGGACUUCCACACUUCCAUGACUCACAGCAAUACUCUCAAAGAUAUAGAUCAGAAAGAAGUCUGGAAGGAGGAUUUAGAUCCUCAUGCAUUCCUAGACUGUACAUCAGAUGAUGGGAAACACAAAAAGGACAGAAAGGCGGAUUCUAAUAUUGAUGCGGUGAAGGACAUUGCUGUUGACGACGUGAAGUACAAGCUGGAUGAGGUGGAUUCAAAUCUCGAUGCAGUGAAAGACAUUGCUGUGGAUGAUGGAGAUAUGAAGUCAAAUUCCAUCGUGAUUGCUGCUGAUGUGCGGAAUCAGACUGGAACUAAGGAAGUGGUAGAAGAGGUGUGUCGGAAAUUGGAAGAGAUGGAAGAUAUAAUUAAUGAAGAAGACUCGGCUAUACAGAAGAGGUUCGAGACCAAGAUUUCACAACAACAAGUGAGUGCUGAGGUCUCUAGACAAAAAGCUGAGAAAUUGCAGCCACCUGCUUCUAGGAAACAGCCUUCAUUGAACACAAAAGUAGCUGCAGAAACAACCGUAGCAAAACAGAAGACUAAACAACUAGAAACUCAGGGUCCUUCGGCAAAAGUAGCUAAACCAAACGCAGUAUCUAGGUGGAUUCCCCCUAACAAAGGCUCUUAUACUAAUUCAAUGCAUGUUUCAUAUCCACCAUCAAGAUAUAAUAGUGCACCAGCUGCUUUUACAAGUAUUGCUUCUUCAAAAGAUACAAAUGCAAAUGCUAAAUUGAAGGCUUCUUCUGUUAAUACUGCUUCUGGGACUGUAGUUUCGAAGGAUGUGGAAAAUGAACCUAAACAUAGUAAGGUGGAUGCUUUGAAGCCUUCAAAGUCUGCACCAGAGACACUUACGGAGACACUUGCAUCCUGCUUGCCAUCAACACUACCACCAAUUCAAGAGACAGAGUCUUCCUCUAUUUCAACAGCACAUAUUGGCCUACAACAAGUAGUGCCCACUCCACCUCCGCCUCCACCUCCUCCACCUAUGUCUCACAUCUCUUCAUUGUACACUCACCCUCCUAAGUCUUUGUCACCAGCUACCUCGUUGUCACGGGUAGCUGCAACAGCAACUCCUCCACCUCCUCCUCCUCCUCCACCACCACCACCUCCACCGCCACCUCUUCUAAGUACAAAUUUCGUCUCCUUGAAGGCCCCUUCACUCUCUUCCUCUUUUCUAUCUCCUCCCCCACCUCCACCUCCACCUCCACCUCCACCUCCACCUCCACCUUUAUCUGUUCCGUCAUCUAGGAGGCAGAAUACCGGUAUAGCUUUUCCCCCUGCACCUCCACCUCCCCCUCCCUUGCAAUCUGGUGGGCAGAAUAGUGGCACCAUGUUGACUUCACAGCCUUCUUCAUCUCUUUGGAAGGUUGGGUACUCUUCAGCUGCCCGUGUUAUGGUGGCAACUUCUCAAAAUUCACCGCCUUCAGUUGAAGUACCCACUCUACCACCACCACCACCACCACCACCGCCACCACCACCUGCUUGUGUUACUCCACCUCCUCCUCCAUCGCCUCCUCCUAUGGCUAGAGUAUCAUCUACUCCACCUCCGCCGCCCCCACCUCCUUUAUAUGGAGCUCCACCACCACCACCACCUCCAAUGCAAGGAGCUCCACCCCCUCCACCGCCACCUCCUUUACGUGGAACUCCACCUCCACCACCCCCACCACCAUUUUCAGUACAUGGAGCACCUCCACCACCACCACCACCUCCAAUGCAUGGAGCCCCACCUCCACCACCCCCUCCAAUGCAUGGAGCCCCACCUCCACCACCCCCUCCAAUGCGUGGGGGACCACCUCCACCACCUUCAGGGCAUGGUGCACCUCCUCCUCCUCCACCUCCUGGUGGAGGUCGCCCUCCUCCACUGCCUGGAGCACCACCUCCGCCACCACCUCCAGGGGGUCGUGGUCCUGGGCCUCCUGCUCCACCUGGUCCUCCAGGUGGUGCUCCACCACCUCCAGGAGGUCGUGGUCUUGGGCCUCCUGGGAGAGGGCGCGGACGUGGGAUUGGGGCUGCUGCCACAGCACCUCGAAGGUCCUCCUUGAAACCACUACAUUGGAGCAAGGUGACAAGGGCGUUGCAAGGAAGCCUGUGGGAAGAACUGCAAAGACAUGGAGAGACUCAAACUGCGCCAGACUUUGACGUGUCAGAGAUAGAGAGCCUUUUCUCUGCUACAGUUCCAAAACCUGCUGAUUCAGGAGGUAAAUCUGGAGGGCGCCGCAAGUCUACUGGUUCCAAAACUGAAAAAGUCCACCUGAUUGACCUGAGAAGGGCAAACAACACUGAAAUUAUGCUUACAAAAGUUAAGAUGCCGCUCUCUGAUAUGAUGGCUUCAGUUUUAGCAAUGGAUGAGUCAGUAUUAGAUGUUGAUCAGGUGGAAAAUUUAAUCAAAUUUUGUCCUACUAAAGAGGAGAUGGAACUUCUCAAGAAUUACACUGGUGACAAGGAGACGCUGGGAAAGUGUGAACAGUACUUUUUGGAGUUGAUGAAAGUGCCUCGGGUGGAGUCAAAGUUGAGAGUAUUUUCUUUCAAGAUUCAGUUCGGCUCUCAGGUUUCGGAAUUCAAAAAAAGUUUAAACACAGUAAACUCUGCAUGCGAGGAGGUUCGGAACUCUGGCAAGUUGAAGGAAAUUAUGAAGAGUAUUCUUUUUCUGGGGAACACACUGAACCAAGGAACUGCAAGGGGUUCUGCUGUUGGGUUUAAAUUGGACAGUCUACCGAAGCUCUAUGAUACACGUUCCAUUAAUAGUAAGAUGACACUCAUGCAUUAUCUUUGUAAGACCCUUGCUUCUAAAUCACCAGGACUUCUUGAUUUUCACCAGGACCUUGUCAGCCUUGAACCUGCAACAAAGAUACAAUUGAAGUCUUUAGCAGAAGAAAUGCAAGCUAUAAUCAAGGGGUUAGAAAAGGUCAAGCAGGAGCUGGGGGCUUCAGAAAAUGAUGGCCCUGUGUCAGAGGUUUUCCAUAAGACAUUGAAAGAGUUCACUACUGUUGCGGAGACCGAAGUGGCAUCUGUGACAAACCUAUAUUCUGUGGUGGGUAGAAAUGCAGAUGCACUUGCAUUAUAUUUUGGUGAGGAUCCUGCCCGUUGUCCAUUUGAGCAAGUUACUGCAACUCUCUCAAAUUUUGUUAAGUUGUUUCGGAAAGCACACGAAGAGAAUUGCAAACAGGCUGAAUUGGAGAAGAAGAAAGCAGAUAAGGAAGCUGAAAUGGAAAAAGCCAAGGGCAUUAAUCUCACAAAAAAGGCAACAAAAUAGGUGAAAAUUAUAGUUGUUAAGUUGUUUUGGAAAGCACACAGAGAAUUGCAAACAGGCUGAAUUGGAGAAAAUGAAAGCCGAUAAGGAAGCUGAAAUGGAAAGGCCAAGGGCAUUAACCUCACACAAAAAAGUAACACAAUAGGUGAAGAUUAUAGUCAUGCUACCACUGCAUGGGGAAAUUGAGCUCUCCUGCCAUACAUAAGAGUGUUCGGUUGCAAUGUUUCUAACCAGUGGCAAGGAGCAUAUUGUUUUUAGGACCCUGGUCAGAAUCCUUUUCUCAGUACUUGUGCAAAGGAAAGCCCUUCAAGGUUUUAUUUGGAUGAGGGGAAGGGGCAACUAGUUGAGUCCUGCAGCAUUUGAACUGUAUGCAUGAAGCUUAACUUAUGCAUGCUUGACAAGAUGUUCAAUCAAAUGAUCAUGGUCAACUGAUCAAUCAUGUUGGAUAUCGUACAAAGGAACCGGACCUUGGCUUUCACUCCGACAGUUCUAUACCAUGAAUUGAGAAGCUAAGGUUCCCUAGGCAAUCUGGUUUUGAAUGCCAUCAUGAUGUCGGAUCUGGCCCCUCUGGCAUCCUUCUGAGAGAGCAAGUUCAGUCUUGAUUCAGCCUAGGAAAUCUGGUUCUGGCUUUCACCAUUCGUUUGGCAUAAACUGUACAGCACCAAGGAAGAUGCCUUUGGGAUUGUAAAGCACACUCCUGCUGUACCAUGAAAUCGUGUACAAAUCACACUAAUCCUCUCCGUAGUUUAGAAUUCAAUUCAUUUUCCUGUAACAUAAAAUUUAGUUCCUUGGUUCUUUUUCCUCGUUACAUCAAAAUUUUGGAUAGGACCCCGUCAUGAUAGAUGUUGUAUAGGUAAAUCAGGCUAAGAAAGAGAGUAGAAGACGGGGAUUUUUCUUCUUUUUUUUCUUUUUUUCUUUUAGUGGUAAUUGUAAAGUAACUGUAGGCUGAUUUAGAAACUGCUUGUUUC